GGCAAUGGCCCCUUCCUCUUUACAGCAAUCCUCCCCUCUUUCGGGCUCACCUUGCAACUUUCUUAGGAAAGCCAAAAUUCCCCCUCAGAGCAGGGAAUAUCCUAAAAGGAAGCGAUUUCUGUAGUGGCCUUUUGCCAGUUCUCUGGGUUUUUAUUUCUUAUUGUGGCAAUUCGGGUUCCUGUCAUCAAAAAUUUAAGAGUAAGGCAUCUCGUCUGACAAACAGCCGCUCACAGGUGGCUGAACUUCAUCAAGUGAAGAGACAGUUUGUGCCUGAACUUUCCAAAUUCCUAGUCCCCACAGAGACUCUGUGAGUCAGACCUUACCAGAGGAAAAUAUUGAUUGGUUUUACUGCUUUUGAGAGAAAUGUUGGCGGAGGAAACGAAAGUGAUUUCAUAAUCACUGUUCUUAACUAUUCCUAGAUUUCCUUACAGCUGUGUAAUUACACAUUAGGCAAGCUCAUUUAUAGAACUGCAAGCUGCUGUAAAUCAGAGUUAUUGCCCCGGUGCAAAAGGAUUACACAGAGUGUCAUAGACGCCCUGAGUUCAGAAAUAAAACUUAAAUGAAUUCUCCAAUGCUGUUUGAGAUUUAAAACAAAUUCCUUGCAAAAGCACAAAUAAUCAUGUACUACUUAUUCACUAGACUGUGUGGAAAUUCACUGACUGUGUCAACAGGUAAAAGUGUAAGGAAUAAGUUUUAAAUUCGAAUCCUCACAUAUUUAAAAGUAUUCCCAUACUUUACUGGUCAUCCGUGUGACAGCUGAUGCAGAUGUAAAACAUAUAGGCAUUUGAAUUUUCUGCAGUUCAACAGUGCACUUAGAAGGAAAAACUUAGCAUUAUUUAAAAUUUUCACUUUUCCUGUUAAAUGUUAGUAACUCUCAGAUUUGUGAAAAAACUUUUGAAACUGCCAAUAUAAAACAUGUUUCUAUUUCCAGGGGUAGCCUUCUGCAUAAACCUAUUUUUUGAGAAAGUUAAUAAACAGCAAAGCAUGAGUGCUUUUGAAGGAGCGGUCUCUAUCCUUCCUGAUUUCCUUGUAACACUACAGGACAAUAUUUCAUUUUCAGAAUCUUUUUCCACCAUGCAUUUCUACAUUAUUUCACACAGACAAAAAAAAAAAAAAAAAAAGAGAAAAAAAAGGCCAAACAAUGAACUGCAAAGCUAACAACCAGAAAAAAAAACCCUAAAAUAAAUGCUGCUUGGUUUUACUGCCUGUUUACAUAAAUCUUUACAGUAGUGAUCUGAGCAGGUGAUCCAAGAAAUUAUGUGCUCACAGCGCCAGCAUUCCAGGCAGGAAAUUUGGACUAAACAGAGGUGGCUGAGGCAGGGAUGAUCUUUGAGCUGCUGCUUCCCUCAGGAACAGCCCCACAGAGGUCGGUGGCAGACAUUUAGGGGAAAAUGGGGCUGUGCUCUGUGCCUUGCUGUGGUUUGCAUCCCACUUUUGGCAGCUGCGUUUUGCCGUGGUGGCCACUGUGACCUCCGGGGUGGCCCGAGGUGGCCAGCAGCCUGGUGGGAGCUGUGGCAGGAAGGAUGCUGCCAGACCUCCAGUCCUGCUUUGCCUGCAGUCACAGACAGGUUUUCCACCAGCCUCAGAGCAGACCUGCACAAAAUGCAAAAGCAAAUUUUGUUUGGGGGCCACGUCCAGGCGUAAUAAAUAUCUACAUUCCCCCUGAUGCAAAUGUCCUUUGCAUUGGCUGGAUUUUCUCCUCUGUGCUCCCAGCAAAUUCUCCAAGAGCGUGAGCUGCUGCAGACUGCUCUCUGCUGAGCUGUGAGACGUGGGGCAUCUUGUCCCACUCCUCACUUGGAGGUGCAUGUGGUCUUCCCUACAUACACAGGCAGGGCAAAACAAAUGUUUUCUGCUGUUCACAGCUGCCCUCCUGCCUAGCUGGGCCAGAGGGAGGGAGGCAGGAGGGAGGUGGGAGAAAUAUCAGUGUGGAACAGGGUUUUGCACACUGUGUCUGAGGAAAAACAAAAAAACCCAAAAAAACCAACAAAAAAAAACCAAACCAAAAAACAACCAACCAAAAAAAACUCCAAAAAACCAAACCAAACCAAACAAAAAAAAAAUAACCCAAAAAACCUAAAAAUCAAAAAACCAAAACCCAAAAACAAAACACAACAAACAAACAAACAAAAAAAAAAAAAAACCAAAAAAACCAAACAAAAAAAAAAAAGAGAGAGAGAAAGACCUCAAGAACUCCUGGAACAGAACCCAACUGUUUUUCCUCCCAGUGUUUACCUUAAAGCACUGUGAGGAUGCCUCUAUGUAGUAUUUGGGCUGUUAAUUUGGCAGAGAGUGCUGUUAAAGGAAACCCACAGGAACUGUCAUUCAGGACAGAGAAGCACUUUUCCAAGAGAGACUCUCAGAUUCUCUGGAACAGAAAAUAACACAAGUGCAACUUCAGCAAAUACAAGCUGAACCUGGCAGAGUGUUUCUUUCUCAGCUUAGCAAGCUGUCAUGCCCCUGCCAAUGCACUGGAACUCCAUUUAGCAAAAGCUGUUGCAGCCCAUGAGUGGUUAUUUUUUUUUUUUGGUGUAGAGCUGUGGCAUAACUAAUCUUUCUGCAAAGAGCCGUAAAAAGUGUUGAGCAGAAGAGAGCUACAUGAAAAAAAAAUCCAACAACAACAACAAAAAAAACACCCCUAAACCCCAAAAACCCCACUCUCAUGUGCAGAGUAAACCUUUUAUUGAGCCACAUCUUUAUCACUGUUGCCAAGUUCUUGGCCACACACUCUGUGCUCUCCCAAACCCCACCUGGGUGGCAGCCCACUCAUGGCUUUGCAGGCCUAGAGGGAAGGAUGGCACAGUGUGCAGGCUGUGGAGUCUUUUUUUUCUCAGAAAGCAGAGAGCUCUUCGCUGCUGAAGACCUGAACCCUCCAGGAGCACAAAGCUCAGCAGCCCAGGAGCAGCAUUGGGUCAGGUGAAAGAGCUGCCCCUUGAAACUGGGGUCAUGUGCAGUGUAGUGACCCCAAACAAGAAGGAAGACAGUCCUGAGACCUUCACACAGCUGCUUUUGAAGACUCCAGUGAUUUCCUUUUUCUAAAGGUUCAGUGAGAGCACUGUGAGAGGUUCUGUAAACGCUGCCCUCAGACAGGAGGGCUCCCAGAAGCAGAGAUUCUGCUAUGUGCAUUUUUGUCCUAGAUUUAAAGGCUCUAAAAAAGGUAAAUCAGUGUGCCAGCAUGGACUGGUUUUUACAGGGCUUUUGCUGCUCUGCUCUGCUGUGUACCGUGGUGUGAUUGUCACAUAACACCCCCAACAGAGGCAGGAGGCAGAGAAAGGAGCCCUUGUUUACUCCUGAAGUUGUUCCUCUUCCCACAUCUUAUUUGAAAUGAAAUGAAGUUCACUGGUAGUGUAAGGAAUCACCCUGGGGAUGCAGGGAAAGGCUCUUCUCAUUCAUUAUACCAGCACUGCAGGGCUGGGCCACCCUGUGCUUGUGUCUGCUCCGACGCACAAAUUCUCACAUACACUUGACACUUUUUUCCACAAAACUUGCAGAGGUUAAUUAGCAGGAGAGUCAAGGAGGUGCAGGGAGAAAAAAGAAAAGAAAAAGAAAAAGAAAAAAAGAAAAAGAAAAAGAAAAAGAAAAAAAGAAAAAGAAAAAGAAAAAGAAAAAGAAAAAGAAAAAGAAAAAGAAAAAGAAAAAGAAAAAGAAAAAGAAAAAGGGGAGUUUGCCUGAGGCAAGGGGACCACAGAAACACAGACAGAAGUUCAACUCUGUGGUUGCCAGCCCAGCAUUCACUCUCAGCACUGAGAUCUCUCUGUGUCCUUUUCCACUGAUACACCUGUGGGAUUUUGGGUGGGAGGCACUUUGGGAAGGGCCAGCACUGAGAUGCAGAGAGGCAGCAAUGGGGAGAAUGAGGAAAGCUGCGGGGAAGAGCCUGUACCUGGUGGUGAGCUGCUCCUCCUGCAAUCCAUCAAGCUGGGGUGCAUUGUCCCCUCUGCCCUUCCUUCCCCUCCCAACUCAAAGAAAGUCCCCGAAAUCCAAGCAGCCAUGCAGCAAACUGUGCAUAGUUAAGGUGCAGGGAGUGAGUUUAUUCCUCCUAGGUAAUAGGAAAAAAAUAAAGCCCCAUGUCAGUGACAGGCAGUGUUUUGUCUUGUAACACCCGUGCUCCGUUUUGCCCCCUGUGUGAGGCUGAGUGCCACACUCUGAGGCUUGUGUGAAACCGGAGAGGGAAACUCUGAACUUCCCCUUUCUCCUCUUGCCCAAAUCACAGGGAUGCAAAGCCAACAAAGCAAGGAGUGAUAGCUGGAGAAUCUCUGCUCCCCGGGCUCACAAGCACCUGCCUGGGAGAGGAAGCAGAAACCAUCUGCUCUUCUGCUGCCGUUUACUUAAGGGCUGGGGGGACUUAACAAAAUCCAGCACGAUGUGUUAAACAACCAAUUUUAGCAGGCGCUGGGUUUCCCCUGUGGGCUGAUGGUGCGGCACCUCACAUUUACCAGAAGCACUCCAGUUCUUGGUGGCAGCAGGCAUCUGCUGUCUGAUUAAGAUUUGCAGGGGCAGGUCUCCAGCGGCCAGUUUCAACAUGGAUUUAACUUCACCGAGGUCAGAGGUAUAACUUGAGGGAGGGACUUUCUCGUCCGAGAUCUUUAGUUAAUAGCAUCCUGCUAAUUAUGACUGAGCGCCGGGCUGCCGGCGGGUCCCCUGCCAGCCCUCAGACAUUAAGCGCUGGCUCGGGGGCCAUUUGCUGGGGAAUGUCUGGCAGAAAUGUGCUUUGUGCCUAAGCUGCUCUGCUGCUCUGCUGCUGCCUGAAUUGCCUGAAAGGCUUUAGCACGGGGAGGCUGUGAGAGCUGCUGCUGCUGCUGGGAGAGAUCUUCAUCUUUUGUCUGGCGAAACUCGCGGCUGCACUGGAAGCAGCCAGCAUUCCUCCCACCACACAUUUUUAUGUGUUUCCAGUGGGUGGGCAGGGGGUGCAAAGAGCUUCAGUUGUCUCUUUGGCGGGUGGUGGUGCCUUGUUUUUCCUUUGUCUUUUUUUUUUCCUUUUUUUCUUUCCCCCCCUCUAUUUCUCGCUGUUGUAGCAGAUUUGUUGGGGCUAUUUCUUUGCAUUGUUGCAGAUGGGCACCUUAGCUCAUGAAACUCCAUUUACAUCCUACUUCUGGACAUGACUCCUUGGCCUGAGCUAAAGCCUUUCCUCAGUGCAAAAUGUUGUCCUUCAAAGCAAUUCCUCCAGUGAAAAUGAUGUACACUUCCAGAUUUAGGCUGCUGAGAGCAGAAUUGAUCCUCUUGAAUCACCUUAAGAAUGACAAGGAAGAUCUUCACCAACACCAGGGAGAGGUGGAGGCAGCAAAAUGUCAACAGUGCCUUUGCCAAGCUGAGGAAGCUCAUUCCCACCCACCCACCAGACAAGAAACUGAGCAAGAACGAGACGCUCCGCUUGGCCAUGAGAUACAUCAACUUCCUCGUCAAGGUCCUGGGAGAGCCAGGCCUGCAGCAGACAGCAGUGGCAGCUCGGGGCAGCAUCCUGGGGCUCUUCCAGCAAGCCCCACACUUGCAGAGCAUGGAAGAGCUGACACUGAUUGAAAACUGUGGCGUCUCCUGUCCCGGCAUGAGCAGCAAUCUAGCAGAGUGUUGGUCAGAGGCAUCAUCCCCCUAGCAGACAGUGAGAUGUGCAAGUCUUGGUGUUAGUGUGGUAGUCCCCUCUCUCCUGGCAGAAUCUGUGGGUUGCUCUUCCAUGUAUCGUGAUUAUUUAUUUGUAUUUAUUGGUAUUUAAUUUGAAUUUUUAUUUAAUAGCAUAGGAAAUCCUUGGUCGUGCGAAAACCUGGAAGUCCAGAGGGAGAACUUGUGGUCUCUGGGAGCUUGGAAGGACUCGCUGCUGUCGUGGCAGAGUCCAAGCCAGAAGAGCCUUCUGUCCAGAUCUCCUCCAUAAAUCAGGGCAUAGGAAUUCCUUCAGUGUUUCUGACAGGAAAAGAAAUUAUUCUCCCAUUCUAUUUCCAGGAAACUCUAUUGAGAUGAAGAAUUAUGACAGCAUCACAAAAUUUAUCCACAACAGAUACCUGGCCUUGGUAGUGAAAGAUUUAGACAGCUGUGAUAUUUGACACAGUCCUCCAUGAGUUGUUCUAGGGGCUAAUUGCACUCUCUCUUGAACUUGUGGAUCUUAUUUCUAGCUUGAUUCUUUUAUGGUUUUUUUUUUUAAUUUAAGUCCUAGCCCUUGAACCUGGCUACAUAUUUCUUCAUCAGCCUGGAGGGACCCCUUAUGUCAGAGCAAAGCACAUUAAGCAUAAUUAAAUGCUAGGUUAAUGCAAAAAGUGCUAAUUCAAAAUGGCCAAAUACAUAGUCAUGGAUGAGUUUCAGUGGGUUCAAUAGGCAAAUUAAAUCUCCUCCCUAGCAGUGACAGUGUGCACGUGAAGGAAGAUGGUCAGCUGUACCCCAGCUGCCUUGAAAAUGGGCCAGUGCAGCCAGGACAAAGAAAUGGGUGUAAAUAUCUUCCAUUUGUGAGUCACUGCCCUGUAUGAACCAUCAUGCUGCAGGUGUUUACAUGAUAGGUUGUAUGAAAGGGGCCACUGUGCUGCCCACAAAAAAAAAAUCCAAUCUAAUUUUCUAACUUAUAACUCUAUUUCCUGAGUUAUAACCUGUGCCAGCCAAGGCCUGGCCUCCUCAUGUGACUUAUGAGCAGCCCAAAACAGCAGAGAAAAUGACACCAGGUUUAAGCAGAAUGGCUUUCUGGUCAGAUCCUGCUCCCACUGACACAAGUGUCUCUUUUCAUGUGGACCAAGGUACAUGUCAAGGCUUAGAAGAGACAAUUGUUCAUGACUGGUGAAGAAAUGUAGCUCCUGUAGGCCAAGGCAUGUCCUUGGGCUGUUUCUGUUUGUUCAUGAGACGAAGAGGUGCUUUCAGAAAGCAGAACUAGGGUUUGUGCAUGCAGCAUGCACGGCCUUUCUGCACGAGGGGAUUUGGCACCUGAAGCUGAGCUGCCUUUCAGAGCCUCACCAAGCACCAGGUGCACCAAAGAAGCCAGGGCUGGCUCCUGCUGUGGGAAUAUUGAGCUGUCCUCAGCACUGACAAAAGCCAAGGUCUGACAAGAAGACAGCUCAUCCCAUCCAGCGCUGGUGCUGGAGGCACAGGCAUGCCAGUGGACAGAUUUUGACCAAAAGAAAGAAAGAAUUAAAAAUAAAAACUCAAGGGUUCAUGUUGAUUUGGUUUCCUUUCUGAGCACUGCUAACAGUUUGCUUAUCCCUGGGUUUGUGAGCUGCCAGGAUGGCCCUGGGGAGCAGCUGAGUGGAAAGGCACUGAGAAUCCUUUGUUUCUUCCCACCUCUGCCCACCUUAAUGUGACUAAAUGGAGCCACAGCCUCUUCUGCAUGGCACCUCAAAGGUAAUGAGCCACAUCCUCCUCCCAGCUUUCCUCUGGCUUGCUGGAGUUGCAGCAGGACAAAUUAGUCCAAGUAAAUCACAGCACUUCCUGCUGAGGCGUGGUGCUGCUGUUGGGUCCAUCAGUCACUUGCUAUCCUAGGAAACACAAAUCACCAAGGCGAGGGAAAACAUCUUGUGAGCAGCUGUCACACUGGGAAGGGGAAAGGAAACCUGGCAAUUUUGUAACAUAACACGCUUGUUGUGUUUUCUGUGCUAAAAACCUUCCCUUCUUGUUAUUGCUUCGGUUUGUAUCACCAUUUUCUUUGAUCUCCUUUCAGUUUAGGAGCUCCCUACUGUCACAUUCAGCAAGUAUUUCCCUAGAUCUCUCUCUACCAAAGAUUUCUUUUUUUUGGUCAAGUUUCUUCUUUGUGUUUUGGGGAUUUCUUAUUUGCGUCAUCAUGAACAAAUACAGUGCAACUGAUAACACUUUGUGCCAUAUGAUGUUAUUUAACACCUAAUAUAUUCCAAAUAAAUUAUUUAAGAAACUAA